ACUUGAGCUGCAUCAAUGGCGGUUACAUUUUCUGAUCUCCACACAGAGCGAGGUCUCAAAACCCUCGAGGAACAUCUCGCCGGUAAAACGUACAUCUCCGGCGAUCAGCUUUCGGUUGAUGAUGUGAAGGUUUACGCUGCCGUAUUGGAGAAUCCAGGUGAUGGUUUUCCCAAUGCUAGCAAGUGGUACGAUUCUGUUGCUUCUCACCUAGCUAAAAGUUUUCCCGGGAAAGCAGACGGAGUGAGAGUUGGUGGUGGUGUUGCUCCUCCAUCUGAAGCUCAUCCACAUACUGAGGAACCUGCUGCUGAUGGUGAUGGUGAUGAUGAUGAUGAUAUUGAUCUUUUCGCUGAUGAGACUGAAGAUGAGAAAAAAGCUGCUGAAGAGAGAGAAGCUGCUAAGAAAGAUACUAAGAAGACUAAAGAGAGUGGAAAAUCUUCUGUGCUACUGGAAGUAAAACCAUGGGAUGAUGAAACCGACAUGAAGAAGUUAGAAGAAGCUGUUCGUAGUGUUCAGAUGCCAGGUCUUACAUGGGGAGCUUCGAAAUUGGUACCUGUUGGUUACGGGAUAAAGAAACUCACAAUCAUGAUGACAAUUGUUGAUGACCUUGUGUCUGUGGACAACCUCAUUGAAGACCAUCUCACCUCAGAGCCUAACAACGAGUACAUCCAAAGUGUCGAUAUUGUCGCUUUUAACAAGAUUUAGACACAUGAGAAAGAUGUCGAGUUUUUCAGUUUUGGUGUCAGUCUUGUUGUGUUUCGCUAAAGUCUCUUCUUCAAGUUCCAAGGCCAACUUUGGAGUUGAAGCACAUUAACUUCACUUCACUUGGUCUUAAUUAAAAGCUAUUUGUAAGUUCUUGUCUAAGAUAAAUUGCCUGGGCUUGGUAACGUGUGGAAAGAAUUGCGGUUAAAAGGCCUAAUAUGUGACCACAUUGAAAUACCAAACCCUUAUUUACUGCUUACCCUCUUCUAGGCUAUAACAGAAGAAAGCACAUGAUGGUGUGAUAUUCAGAAGCAUUUUGGUAGCUCCAUGUUAAAUAUGUGGGGAGGAUAUAAAAUAUAAGGAAAUUUGAAAGAUCCAUUUUGAGCAAACAAGCAAGAAACACUUGAUAAAACCAGUAACCACAAACUCAUAUCAUCCAUCACCUCUCUCUCUCUCCUUUCAUUUAUCUUUAUUCUAGAAGAAGAGCAUUUUAUCACCUUUAAAGCGAAGGAGGCACAUACUGUCUAGACAAACUAAACAGAUCUUUACCCUCAAAAGGCGAUGUCCACUCUCUCCCAUUUCCAACUAAAGCAGCUUCCUGCACUCCCAUUGCCACACCCAUCCCAUUCCCAUUCGUCAUCAUUCUUGUCCUUCCAUUCAUGUGCGCUUCAUACGGGGAUGAUGCUGCACUAUAUGGGGAUGAUGCUGCCACAUACUGCUGGCUAGGUCUCACACAAGCUAGGCCUUUAUCUAGACUCCAGUCGAUGUUGUUGUAAUCCAAAUGCCCCAGUGACCCAUCCGUGUUCCAGUCCAGCCCAGAAGAAGAUGAUCCCGCCAGUGAUCCAAACCCCGAGAAGAGCCCAAGAGAAGCAGCUGGAGCCACAGCAGGCGGAGCAGAAGAUCCUGCCAUUCUGUGACCAUUGUUGUUCACUUGGCCUUGAUAUUGUUGAUACUGAAGUUGCUGGUACAUCAGGUUUGAGUUCAGAUCAUUAGGAGGCAGACUUCUUGAGGGCAAGUAUCCGUUAGAUUGGGCCGCCUCAGAUCUAUUUGCAGGGUGCCAACCGCUGCCUGCUGCUGCUGCUCCGGUAAAGGAUGCAUUCAUGGUAGAGACAGGUAGCACAUUUGUGUUAGCGGAUUGAGAACGUUGUUGUUGUUGCUGCUGCUGCU